UGGCAAAGGUCUUUUAUCCCUACUGUUUUUCUGUGGGCAGGUGCUCAGCCUAAUUUUUGGUCCAUCGAGACCGACAAACUACUUCCAGCGCUCCAGGCUAUUUUUGAUGUUGCUUAUCCAGGAAUGAAUCAUAAUGUCCAACCAAAAGGCCCUAUCAUUGGUUUGGUGAAUCAGCGCAUUUGCUCCUGGCGCAGUAAUUUUGGAUCAACAGCCAUGGCCCUCAUCGCAAACUUUCUAGCUACUUCUAAAGAUGAUGAGAACAAAGACGAAGAUGAUGAUAUUGACUUUGAACAAACACUGGCAGCAAAUCUUCUUGACGAGUGGGCCUUCCUCUACAACAAUCCAGAUGUUCGUGACCCAGACCAGAUUUACCUGUCUGAAUUUAUGUUGGAAAUGAUCAAAAGCGCACAUAUGAAUGCAAUCGCUGGAUUCCUUGAUGUACCCGCGCUCAACAUGGAUGAUCUGCAAUUGAAGGAUAUGCAGGUUGUAAUUCCCGCAUGUGCUGCCUCA